ACUCCAUGGAGAGGAAGAUGUGAAAGGAGGAGGCCACGGCUUCGAUGCCAGAGAGACCACGUUUUCCAAUCGUAGUACGACAGUGCCCGAUAGCAGAAGCACCGCAUUGUGGUCAGAAAUGAGCGGCCCUCGAGAUACAACAAUUAUUAAGGGUAGGGUUGUAAAGGUGCUUUUCUUGUUCCUGCUUUGUUUUUAUGCCUUUCCUAAGGGAGAAAGGCAGAAAAAGCGGGGUCCACGAGCGCCAAGACCCUACCUCUAAAAUUAUAUCAGAUAGUUGUACAACUAGAGCAGGAGGAGGCAGAAGUGUAGUUUGGGGAAGGACUACAACUAGUGCCGCUAUGUUGCCUUCUACUAGAAUGAGCGACCACCUCCACAUCAUUGAGAAUCUUGAAGCUGAUGAACAUGACACUUCUCCAACAUCUCCGGUACAAAAACAGAUGAGUUGUGAAGAUAAGAACAGGACUACUACGAAGAUUGUUGAAGAGAGCUGCGCCUCACCAGAGCAAGAAGAUAAUAAUUCUGACCUUACAACUUCCAGUGAUUCGGAUCAUGAUGAAUGGUGGCGACGGGUUAGGAAAACAGAAAAAC